AUGCGGAUACCUACAACAGCGGCUGAUAUUUGGAAAUCUUUGCAUGGGGUCGUGUGUGUACACAAGCCCCGCGAUAUUUCGCUCACUUCACUAAAACGAUACCUUAUUAAUGCAAUUUGCGAAACUGCUAAUAAACGUUGCUUACCAAUAGAAAUACCAGAAAUUGAAAUGCCUAUUGUCGAGUCUCACCCGAUAUCACAAGCUCCUGUUGUUAUUGGCAUACGAAAACAGCCAAAUUACAACUUUCAUCCUCUCGUUGUUGGACAACCGUUUCGGAAAGAAGAUAUUCGAGUUGAAGAGCUUGAUUAUCAGCAACCUGCAGGUUCCGGUUUAUGCUUAUUGGGCAUUAAUGAUGGCUGCGAUACGUUAGAAAGCCUACGCGAUCGUGUUUGGGUGAAUGAAUAUAUUUUAAAAGGUCAGCUAGGUCGAGGAACAGUUCAAAAUAAAAUUCGAGGAAAAACAAAUCGAGAAUAUGAUUACGAGCACAUUACUUAUCGGCAGAUGUCAAGAUUUCUAAUACGACUACAAGCUCAUUACAAAAAGCUAGCAUUUAAGCUAGCGAAUGUGGAUAUAGAAAGCCAGGAAGCGUUUGAAUUAGCUCGAAAAGGUUUGCCGAGGCCUAAAGUACUUGGGGCUCCUGUAAUAUAUUUUAUAAAACUGGUGCAUUUUCAUUUACCACAUUUCACUAUCAAUUUGCAUUGUGUUUGCAAAAAUGACGAUUUUUUACAAGACUUCAUUAAUGAAAUUGCUUUGUCUUUAGGUUCCGUGGCAUCAUGUCGCCAGUUACUACGAACACGAUUAGGACCAUUUGAUUGCACUCAUUCAUUGCUGGAUAAGCAUUUCACACUGAAAAAUAUUUUAAGAAACAUGCAGCUUUGUCAAAAAAUCAUUGAACACGAUAAGAAAACAUUGGAUAAAGAGAUUGUGAAGACUACGGCUCAGUUAGCUAUGGAAGAUAUAUUCAACGAUGAACUUGUUGAAAUGUUUGAUGAAGAGGAAGAAAAUGAAUCUCUUGAGGACUGCUUACGGGUUCCUUGGGGUAGAACUUACGAUUAA